AAAAUGGGCUCUAUAUAUCACUUUAAAAGAACAACACCUACAGUAGCAAGCCAUGGUUUAUGAAGAACGAAUUUUCUUGAUUGGCGCGACAGGCAACAUUGGUCAGCCCUUGGUGCGCCGACUGUUGUCCGAUCCAAAAGUGGCUGUUACACUAUAUGCACGAUCACCUGCCAAAGUCCAAGAGCUCUAUGGUAAUGAUCAUCCUCAAGGCAAGCUGCAAAUUGUUCAAGGCGACUAUGUCAACCGGACAGCUUUUGAACAAUCGAUUUCCGGACAUGCACGUCUGUUUCUCCUCAUCCAGCCCACCGAUUUGAACGCAUAUCUGGCUACUCCGCGUGCAUUUGCCGAAAAAGCAUACAAUGCUGGUGUUCAGCAGGUUCUGAUGCUUGGAGGCGUAGCUGCAUCCAUGCCUUAUCGGAGCGUGAUGUUUAACUCAGUGGCUGUCCAAGUUGAAAAAUCCUUGCUGUCUAUCCCAAAUCGUAAAGCCUUGGUGACUUUACGACCAGCUUUUUUCAUGUCAAAUCAGUUGGCAACAGAUGUUCUCACCAUCAAAAGCGCUUGCAAAGUCAUCAGUACACGAGACCCGAACGAGACACAGGCGUGGAUUUCUCCGAACGAUAUCGCUGAUGUUGCGGCUAAUAUCCUGCUGGAUACUGUCGAGAAGCAUGGCGACGCAGUGUACGAAAUGAUCGGUGACCCAAGAACACCAACAGAACACGCAGCAAUCUUAUCCAAGGUGCUUGGAAAGAAUAUCACAUACGAGCGCGCAAGUGAGCAGCAAAGCUACGAUAUGAUGACCAAACAAGCCGGCAUGUCACAUCUGCACGCCUACAUGUCCCUUCAGCUGAUGACGAACGCAUUCUCAAAUGUAAAAGCCACACCCGGUUUAUCAAUCCUCCUUGGCCGUCCCCCUCAGACGUUGGAGCAAUGGAUUAAACAGAACAAGUCGGCCUUUCUAUAACAUAGCGUAACGUUAUGCAGGAAAAUGACAUGAAUAAUGUUAAUAAUAACGAUCAUUAUUUUGGUCCUCGUAAAUAUAGUUUAAAUGCAACACAUGAGAAACAAUAUGGUAAUAGCAUACCUACAAAUGUAUGCCUUAAUUGAUCGUUGCUUCAUUUUCUUACGCAAUUUGCACGAUAUCUGCAACGUUAAACUUUUAAGAAGACACAAUAAACGAGCCUUGUUAAAUGUCAC